UUUCCUUGUCUAGCGUAGAAUAAGGAAUACAUGUGCGUUGCCAGAUCUCGCUUGUUUCCGAAUGUAGUCGUGAUUGCCUCUUUUAUUUCUGGCCAUGUGUUUGGGUUGCCCGCUGCUACGAGUACUUCAUUUGCUUCACCUUUUAUCUUAUUCUUUACCGUGCGGAUUAUUUGUGCGUAGAUUGGCUGACCGAUGUAGCUUUCAUAGAGCUUUAGCGUCUGUUCUGUGUCUUCAAGCCAUGCAUUUGCAAGCGAUUUGUUUCCGUCAAAUACGGCUAUAUUUUUCACCGGAUCGGGUAUGGCUAGCUUCAACAGUGGAUCAUUUUGGUUUGCAGAUAAUGCAAUGAUAUUAAAUCAAGUAACAGUAUCUUCUAGUCAGAAUGAGGAGGGAUUAGUGUAAGCAGUGAAUACGUGAUAUCCGUUCCAGAGUGAGAAACACAAGACGCUUGGAAUAAGCGAAUCAGUGCUGUGUUUACGAUAAGAUAGGACUGUAAAAGCUAUAUUGUUCAAGUAUUAUCCACAUGUUGUAAACGUGAUCCGAGUAUUGCUAACAGUUCAUCGAGAUAGUUUCAUACCAGGAGAAUACACUCAUCUACGACGCUACGCCAAAGUGUAACCGAGCACAACAAUGGGAAAGAAGAAUUCCAAACUAAAACAAGAUACCAUCGAUCGUCUAACGACUGCAACCUACUUUACAGAAAAAGAAAUACGGCAAUGGCAUAAAGGAUUUUUGAAAGACUGUCCAAACGGUCUUUUAACAGAGCAGGGUUUCAUUAAAAUAUAUAAACAGUUCUUCCCACAAGGCGAUCCGAGUAAAUUUGCUUCACUUGUCUUCAGAGUUUUCGACGAAAAUAAUGACGGAUCAAUAGAGUUUGAAGAGUUCAUCAGGGCGCUAUCUAUAACAUCAAGAGGAAACCUUGACGAAAAGCUACAUUGGGCAUUCCGACUUUAUGAUGUUGACAAUGAUGGUUUCAUAACUCGAGAUGAAAUGUACAACAUUGUCGAUGCAAUAUACCAAAUGGUGGGUCAGCAACCACAGACCGAGGACGAUAAUACACCGCAGAAGCGAGUGGAUAAAAUCUUCGAUCAAAUGGAUAAAAACCACGACGAUCGGCUAACUCUGGAGGAGUUCCGCGAAGGCAGCAAGGCAGAUCCCAGGAUUGUGCAAGCUUUGAGUUUAGGUGGUGAUUAACCGAACGAUGAAAUGCGGGAGGAAGAACAAAUCCCGCCACGUUCAUAUUGCUACGAUGCGAAACAUAACAUCGAAAUAAGUCGCAGCAACGCACUGUUUGUAUUGAUAUGAAAUUGGUUAUAGUUUGAUUAUACGUAUGAAGCAUUUUUGCUUCAGUUUGUUCGAACAGCUGCGCUGGAUUUAUUAAAGUUGCACCAAACUAAGCGAUGCUUAAAGCUAUAAAACGCCUAAUGGCAUUCAAAACAAUAGCGAGUCAAGGAUGUGUCGUGUUUGAUAACCAGGAAAUAAUCUAGUAUUAAACAGUUGAAAUAUGUUGGAAACUCUUUCCAGCUUCCUUCUGAUUUAUUCUGUGUACUUAUUCGUUCGUUUGUGUUUAUGUGCCUUGCUAUAUUACGGAAUAGCAUCACUCGCUAAUCAGUAUUAUCAAUUAUGUGAUUAUUACACACAAACUUCUGUUUAUUAUUACAUCACUUAGUGUUCUUACAUGCACAUCAUACAAAAUUGGUUUGUAAUAUUUCACUGGACACCUUAUAAACUUUGAAAUUUACCCACUCGAAUAAGCAAUCAUGCACAACGCGUUAUAUGAUGAAAAAAUGUGAAAACAAUCGAUAAAAAAAUAACUAGCUAUCAAUCAACCAGAAAAAAUUUGCUUGCUUAGGAAAGAUACAUGCUUAAUCUAAUUCUGAUUGUUCGUUAAACUCGUGUUCUCCAGCUCACUUCUAGUGAAGUUAUGUAGCGGAAUCAUAUUAGGAAUCAAUAGCAAGACAACAUUUGCAGUCUAAUCUAUUAACGUACUUGGAAAGGAAUGCAAUACAAAGCAAAUAAAGGUAUUAAAUCACUAAGAAUGUUAAACCGAAGGCAAUCAAAAUAUGCCAUCAAUGUAAUCAAACGCAUUAUGGAGAGGUUUUUAUUUCUCAAUGUUGCCAGGUUACCUUUUUGUUGAGUAAACCAUCAUUUAGUUAAUCAAUUAUUGCUCCAAAAAUUUACAAUUAGUUUUCGCACAUGUACAUUGGCUGCAUCGUGUGAGACAUUCCGGUUUGAAGAAUAUCGUACUGUAGACGUUCAACGUUCAUAGCAAAUGCAUUUUUGUAACGACUGAUACUUUUCAUGAGGGUUAUUUUAAAAAUCGUUCAUCUUCUUAAAAGUCGUUGAAAUGAAAAUGCAACAAAUGGUAACGAUGCAAGACAGAAGGUAGGCUGAGAAAUUGAAAAAAAUAUUUACAUAAUAAUGGCAACUAUUUACACCAAUUCACAUACAUGAAUAAAUAGGGGAAAAAAGUUUCGCGUGUUACUGUUAGGGUUCGUCUUCAUUUGUGGUACAAUGGUACAAUGGUGGUUGGUACAAUGCAAAGUUUUUCAUGUUAUGACGUUCAACAACAUGGAACCCAGUAACAUCUGUAAAAGAUCAAAUCAGAAAAAAACGAAUCAAAUUGCAAACUUGCAAACCAUUCGAACGAUCUUCUUUUGCAGAUAGUUCUAAAAGCAGGUUGUUCUACACUGCACGAUCGAAACACAUAUACAAACACAUUGACGACCGAAUGUAUACACCUAAAACAACAUGCGGAAGGUCUCAUACAUACUAUAGAAGCAUUUAACGAGAAACAUACUAACAUAAUUUGCCAAAACUAAAGUUUGUAAGUUUAGAAUUGCAUUUAUGUAGGAGCAGAUCAACUAACGCUACGCGAAGACAACAAACUUUGUAACAAACAUGAACAAAACGCAUCGCUAGCUUGUGUUAGAGAUGAUGCACUGUAAAAAGGGGCUUAUACUUGAUUAUACAGUUGGAGAUUUGUUAAAAAAGUCUAACUGUUAUAAAUAUUUGAUACUAGCACUGAAACGGAUCCGAUAAACUGUUAUAGAUAUUAAUAGCAAAAAGAAAAUGACGCAAAUCAGCACGUUUUAACAUGAAAUUAAUUAAAUGAAGCAAUCAUUGUUGAAAAGGAUCCGAUUUCUAAAACAGAAGAAAAAUGCAUUUAAGCUCAAGGAGGCUUUUAGGGCAGGAAAUUGUGGAACGAGGCUAUUGUUUCCUUUCCACCUAGCGGCCUAUCCAGCGUAGGAGUGAGACAAAUGGAUAAUAAUAUUCUAAUCAGAUUAGUAGUGCAUGAAAAGCAAUAUAACCUAUAUUCCCCCACACAAAGCAAACAUCUAGCUAUUAAUCUAGAUUUUUUGUAGUAUUUUGAGCAACGCGUUUUAUUAUGUUCGCUUGCAACACGCAAAUUAAGAAAAUUAUUGCUUGUGCAAUCGUCCUAUGAAGGCAACUGUUAUUUAAUUUUAUUUGUAUCAAAUACAACGAUGUUGUCAGCAGUAUACAAAGAGCUGGUUUUUAGUUAUAAUAACUUUGACUACAUUCAAUAUUCAAUUUGAGACCUGGUGAUUCUUUUUUAUACUACGAAAACACAUUAUUCCUACACUAGAACAGACUGGUUAUUAGGUAAAACGUUUACAACACAAUGCGUGAAGUGUUCAUUGGAUAAAAAUGCUUAUUUGAUUUAAAUAUUCCAGUGCGGGGAAUUGUGAAGAAGAAUGUUAAGCAAAAAAACACCAAAUAUCAACGCAUACAACAAAUUAACACGUUUGAAGCAAGCCGUUUCUUUUAAGAUUAAUUUAAAGAGCAUGGACAACAAUUGCUUAUACAUACGUAGCUGCAUACUAUUCAAGUGUGAGUUGGCGCACCUUUGACGUUACUAGCAAAAACUUGUAACUGCAACAGAGCAAAAGACAGAAAAUAUAGCUAUAUGUCUUCAGGGGAAAACCACGUAAUCCAACCCAUCUAAUAGUGCAGCAAACACGUAAAUGAGAAGGAAAAUAGAAGAAAUUAUAGAUACAAGCAAUGUAACUAUGAAAACACAAAAAUGCAAUCAUAACUUGAGUACUACUCCCAACUAUACUAAAACUAUGACAUGACUGUGGAAAACAGGAAACACUCCAACUCAUUAUUUAUGAACAAUGCACGGUUAUGCUAAUAAACAAAGUAAAAUUGCAACUUUGACGCACAAAACAACACAUUGUACAAACCAAACUUUCGCGGCGUCCAUUGAUAACUUUACAGUAAUCACAGUUCGCUCAACAAAAUAACAGUACAUAAACCAGUUGAACCACAGCGGUUAAACAUUGCUUGAUGUGGAUGUGUGUAUUUUAAAUACUUUAACAUAAUCCGGAAUUAGGCUGUUAAUACAAUCAUUGCAAAAGCAUGCGUCCAGGUGUUGGUUUGUAAGGUUUUUGACGUUUGUGAGGGAAACAUAUUUUGUUCCAUUUUUAUGAAAAUAAAAACAGAAAGUAAUUAAAAAAAUAGCCAAAUAAGCAUCAUGCGGCCCUACCUGUUAAGGCACUUGAUCGCACCUACAUGGGUUUAGACAUUGAACAACUGUUACUUGGACGAUAAUUUAAGCAAUAAAGAGCAUAAUAAGAUGGGCUGAAUGAACAAUACGAUAAAAAAAAAACAAAAAAAGAGAUAGAUACAAAAAAAAUAUGUCAAGCAAAAAUACACAUAUGUAAGAGCAAAACAUAACGUUUUAUUACAUAC